AUUUUCUACAGCCGAGCUGCAGCUCGAUAAUAAUCUCUCCUCUUUUUCUUAUUACACGAUCAACUCCAAUCAUUAAAACUUCUCUUACAGCGAUUCAUUCAACGGUGCCAGCACCAGCCCUAUGCCCGCAGGUGUUACCAAUCGGGACUACAAACCGCUACCUGGACGAAUGGGGAACUUGACUCAGCUACAGUUGCAUGCGUUGGAACAGUUGAAGAAGGAGCUGACAGAAGAAGGUCAUUUUGUUGAAGAGAGGAUGGACGAUGCGACUCUCCUGAGGUUCCUCCGGGCGCGCAAAUUCGAUGUUACUGCAGCCAAGGCGAUGCUCCUUGACUGCGAGAAGUGGAGACAAGAAGUUGGUGUUGAUGAUAUCAUGAAGAACUUCGACUUCAAGGAAAAGGAGCAGGUCGAUAAAUACUACCCACAAUAUUAUCACAAGAUGGAUAAGGACGGUAGACCCAUAUAUAUUGAGCUUUUAGGCAAUUUCGAUUAUAAAGCCCUCUACGGCUUGACUACCCAAGACCGCCUAAUCAAACAACUCGUUUGGGACUACGAGAAAUUCAUUACCACCCGGCUUCCCGCCUGCUCCAAAUUAGUCGGUUACCCCGUUGAAACUUCUUGCACUAUCCUCGACCUUUCAUAUAUCUCCCUCACCAACUUUUACCACGUAAAAGACUACGUCAGUCAAGCAAUAGCUAUAGGCCAAAACCGAUACCCUGAAUCUAUGGGAAAAUUCUACAUCGUCAACGCGCCGUACCUCUUUAGUACCGUGUGGUCGUUAAUUAAACCGUGGUUGGAUGAGGUGACGGCCGCGAAGAUUGCAAUUUUGGGAAGCAACUACCAGCCCGAGUUGUUGAAACAGAUCCCAGCCGAGAACCUACCAAAAUAUCUCGGUGGAAAAUGUGAGUGUCCAGGUGGAUGUUCGUUGAGUGAUGCAGGACCUUGGAAUAUGCCUGAAUGCCAGGAGAAGGAGAAGGAGGCGGCGUUUGCUAAUGGACAUUCAGCGAAUGGAGUUGCGCCGGAGGCUUAGAGACUUAGAUUGUUCGAAAUGUGGGCUAGAUACGGUUCGGAUAUGUGUAUUAUCAUAGGGGUUUAAAUCCUUCUAUGGACCCCGUACUGUGUGUAGUAUUAUAUACCCUAACGAUAUAAUUCAAUUUUACACAGUGAUUGAGGC